CAUCAAAAUCAAAAUUAGAAAAUUAAUCAUAAAUUUAUACUCUUUAUUUUUUAAAAUCAAAAUAAACAUCCAUAUGUAGAGUGUAGACUCGUCCAAAUCUUUUUUCUUUUACUAUACUUUGGCUUCCUUCCAAAUCGUCCAAUCGACAUACAAUUCCUUUCAUCGGUGUUCUUCCAAAUACAACCUCUGCUAUUGACAGAUACUUGGCAAGGAAAAAACUUGAGAUAGUCAAGGCAAAGCCCCUCCUUUUGCUCUAGUAGCUUUUGAUUAUAGAGAUCAAGUCCUGCCAACAAAUUUCUGAUUGUUGACCAUUAAUGCGGGAAAAUUUAUUUAAGUCUGAAAGGUGAUUUACUUGUGGUGUGGGUAUUUUAUAAGACAUGGCAGAGGUUCGGAGUUCCGGGAAAUCAAUUGAUCAGUUGUUGGAAAAGGUUCUGUGUAUGAACAUUCUUUCUUCCGAUUAUUUUAGAGACCUUUUGAGGCUGAAGACAUAUCAUGAAGUGAUUGAUGAAAUUUACAAUCAAGUUGAUCAUGUGGAACCAUGGAUGACUGGAAAUUGCCGUGGUCCUUCAACAGCAUUCUGCCUUCUGUAUAAGUUUUUUACAAUGAAACUCACUGUCAAACAAAUGCAUGGCCUUUUGAAGCACGUUGAUUCACCAUAUAUCAGAGCCGUGGGAUUCCUAUAUUUGAGAUAUCAUGCAGAUCCAAAGACAUUAUGGAGUUGGUAUGAGCCAUAUCUUAAAGAUGAUGAGGAAUUCUCUCCUGGAUCUAGUGGUAAAAUGACCACUAUGGGUGUCUAUGUGCGUGACUUGCUACUGGGACAGGUAAGGUGCCAAAUCAUUUAUUCGAUAACUACUAUGUAGUUUUAUUUGUUUUGGUUUUCCACAUGUACUGCUUCGAAUUCCAGACGACCACAUCCUUGCACAUUCAAUUGUCUAUGAUUGCUGUUGAUGUAUACCUCUCUUCAUGAGUGCUUUAACUGAACAUCUGAACUCAAUCGUUCCCAAUUGGUUCUGUUACUUCUUUAUACUAUUUGCCAAUAUGCGUCCACUGUUUCUGAAGGUCAAGGCAAGAGUCUAUGCUCCACAUGCAUUCUACACUCAGGCAGACCCUAGCCCUAACCGUGCCACACUUUUAUGCAUGAUUGACCUGACCUUGUAGAGUAUUUUUAAGUUUUAAUACUUGGUAUUUAAAAGAAUUGUAUUGGGGAAAGAGCACGGCAGCACGCAUCAUGCGAAAGUUGAGCAAUCAUCUACAUUGUUCCACCCAUAAAGAAUGCAGUGCAGUAAAAUUUCAGUCAGCUUUUAUUUGAUACUAACCAUGUGUUUGAGUCUUGGUGCUAUAUGUGCACAGUUAUCACAUAAGACGUUUUUCCAAUUCUAGGGUGUAUAAUAAUCUUUCUUUUGGCCUUAGUCAUUCCUUUAAAACAUUUAUUUUUGUAAUCAUGGUGCGGCUCUUUGUGUGUGUGUGAAGUGUUCAUGCGUAUAAGAGGAUUAAGGGCUACCAUCGGAAGUCCUUGGAUCUCACGUCGAAUGUGGAUUGUGUGUUUCUUUUUUAUCAUGGUAUCGCCUAGGCGUCUCCAAAGUUGGAGAAGGUCAUCAUUGUAGUUCAACUCACCAGAUAUAAGAAAGGCAUCGUUUUGCAUUGUUGAGGCGACAACGAGGCUUCAUGGUGAUGCAAAAGUCCUUGUUUUUUUGUCAAAUAAGUCUACCAACUCUGUUUUUGCCAUUUAAAUUUACAAUAGCAUCCGAACCAGUAAAAACAAUAACACCGGAGAUCAACACGCUUCACGAGUCGCGUAAGGUUAGACACUUAGACGGUCAUGUUUUCGGAUUUGCUUUUUUGUUUUUUUGUCUUGUUGCACGGUUAACUGCGACAUUAAGUGCCACAGUUUUUUUUACUCAUGCAAUCAUUUAUGUUAUGGUACUUACAUAUCUACUCUCUACGGAAAAAUAGCUGAUUAGAUGAUAAUGAUGUUGUUGCGAUUGGUUUCAAUGUUUUUUUCUACAGUUGAAAAUUUGUUUUCCAAUGGAAAUGGGUUCAGACUGUGAUUCCAAUAGUUUUUUGUUAUGGUUUAUGAAUUACAAUACAUUUUAUAUUUAUAUGAAUGUUACUAUAACAUUUAUGACUUAUUGCAUAGUCAACUAGGUGUCCUGAUGGUUUGUUGGUGCCGCGCCUCGUUUUGGUGCCGUGAUAACUAUGGUGCGUGUGAGAGUUACAUGGGAUGGCGUUUACUCUAAAUAAUGGGCUUUUUGAGAUAAGUCCGGCCCCUUCACUGAUUGUAUGUGUGUGCAUGUCUAUGUGUUACUCCAUAAAAAAGAUUUUUGUCAGACUUAAAUUCGUAAAAUAGUUUACAUGUAAAUUUUUGUUCCAAGAUACUAAUACUAUUAUAACUGCAAAGUAAUGAUGACCUCUUUGCAAGGAUUUGCAUUCAUUGAUACUACUUUUCAACAAAAAAGUACUGUAUUAACUGAAGUAUAGAAUUGGUUCUUGUUUAUCACAAAACUGAAUGGAAUUCUUAAAAUUGAGUUGGCUAGCUAAUGGAGGAUUGAAGAUCAUUAGUUAGUUCCCUUUGCCCUGGCCUAGGAAAUGGUGUUACUCAACAUUACUGGCUGAAUUCUGUAUGAGGAAUUUUGUGUGUUCGGAUGGUGAUACAGUAUAUAGCCAAUUAAACUAGGUAAUGCUAAUUCGGAAAUGAUUGGUUAGUGGAUCCUUUUGCAGUGACACUGCAAACCUCACCGGUAAAGUUCUGAACCAUGGUUUUGCUAAUUUUCAUUUAUGAUUAUGCUCUACUGCGUAUAAGCUGUCAUGUUUACCAAUAUGUUCAUUAUGCCUUUGAAAAGCUUGGGCCCUGUUUGUGAUUGUCUUUGGGAACAAAAAAGUGAUUCUUAGCCAAAAUGAUAAUUUUACCCUUAAAAAUUAGUUUGCAUCUAAACGCCAUCUUUUGUAUUUUUAAGGGUAAAAUUGUCAAUUCAUCAUUAAUGGGGGUGGAUUUAGCCAAAAUGAGAGUGGAUUUAGCAACACCCAACAAAUAAUUGAUUAUCUAAGUAAAAAAGUAUACUUGGUACUGUUUGCAAAUGUAAGUAUAAAAGUAUUAGUUUCUGCAAAACCAAAAUUGAGUGUUUGCCAACCAAAAUUACUAGUGUUUUACUAAUGAGCAUUAAACAUAAUUAGCCCUAUAAAGUAAAAUGAAAAAAUGUUGGUGAAGACAAAAAACUGCAUAAAAUGAGCAAAUAAGAUAAGCAGGUAGCUACUUGCUUUUGGCACAUGGAGAUUUUCGUGGCUCCAAAAUAUGUUCAGCUAAGCCAUUUAUUUCCAAUCACCAAGAAUACAAAGAAAACUUAAAACCAGUACUCUCCCGUUUGGAAAUGUUCUUCUCUCUUUCGUUUUUGGACCACCCAAGAAUUUUCCUCUAAUUUCGUUAUUCGGCAAAUUAUUUUGUAUGAAAUGUCUUAUUUAACCUUUACAUAUUUCCCCACCCAUCCUCAUUACUCCCCAUCAACCCUAGAAUUACUCCACCACCACCACCUUCUUCCUUCAAUUCUUUUUUGGGUGGCAUUCUGAUAUCGACAGACCUACUCCUUAGCAGUGCUCCAUACAGGGAAAUGAUGUUCAAACGGUGUUUUGGAUGGGCAUGUCGGUGUUUUGAACAGCGGCUGAGACCUGAAGCUCCAGCAGGCAGCAGCAGUGGACGAUCAAUAGACUUUUAGGGACAAAUAGUGUAGUUAUGGAAAGUCAAUACAAUUUUCAACCCUCCUAAGUGUGCCCAGUCAACUUGAGAAGAAAAUUCCCUGAUGGAGGGAGUAAGAAGCAGAGAUUUUAAUUUUUUUAAUACACUCCCAACAUGCAUCUUGUAACUCUUAAAAUAAUAGAACCAACCAUUGGUUGCUGUCAACCACCUUGAAGGGAAUCUUAGAUUGCUAUGUAUGCUGGUAUUUAGUUCUCCCAUUAGCACCUUUAACUUCAUUAAUGCACUUACUACAUUUGAUCUAGAAUUAAUCUUUUACCAUAUGAAGAGCCUUUGAGUAGUCUGAUGAUGAUGACAAGAUUUAGAUGAUGGAACUGUGCUGAAAUGUUCGUUUGGCAGUGAAUUCUGAUUUAUGUCUCAUUGAAUUUACUUUUUCAUUUAUUGUGAUUAUGAGUUUAUUUUUUAAAGAAGGCAUUCUUUUAAAAAUGAUGCAUACUCAUUUUUAUCCUGAAUCUUGAUUCUGCUAAAAAAAUUAUCUCUUCACAGAAAGAUUCUCUAUAAUUUUUCUUCUUUUUUUGAACUGUCAAGUUGACAAGGAAAUGAGGGAACAACAUCUGGCUAUUUGUAAGGGCAGUACUGGCCUCUCAUUCUGCAGUUUGACCAGUAAAACCUUGUUACGUGCCUCUUUUUUCUGUUGUGCAUUCCAUUUUUAUUCUUCUCCCAACUAAUUCAAUCCUCAAAAUGUAGAAUACAUUAACUAUUUUACGUUGUUUUGUUUGUGUAAAAAAUUACUAAUGUUUGCUCUGUAUAUGUAAAUUCUGACUGAAGUGAACUUUUUUUUUGCGUGUUUGAUUGCAGUACUACUUUGAUACGCUGUUGCCUCGCAUCCCAGUCCCUGUAAUGCGCACAAUCGUAUCAAAUCUCGAGAACAUGAAGUUUCCCACCAAACCCUCUGGUUCAACAGGGGAUUCCAGUCGCGGGUCGGAAGAAACAGCUCGCCGGCCUCCAUCAGUCAAAGCUUCACUCUCAGUCUCUUUUGGCCAGCGUGCCCCACACCGUGCAUCCACCAGAGAUUCAUCCCCCAUUCGCCGCACGCUGACAUCACCUCCCUAUGAUGAUGCAAGACGGUCUCCCAGUUACCGUCGCAGUCAAAGCCGCGACCGAGAAGGGGACCGCGAGAGGGAGAGGGGCAGUAGGGAUCGAGAUAGAGAUAGGGAUAGAGAUAGAGAGAGGAGGUAUGAUUAUGAUAGAGAGAGGGAGAGGGGAAGAAGGUACGACGACUAUGAUAGAGAGAGGGAAAGGAGAAGUAGAAGGGAUCGCGAGAGGAGCAGGAGCAGGAGCAAGAGUCAUGGUCGGCGAAGUCCGGCAAGAGAUGAUGUCAGCAAAGACAAGAAGACAUCUCAUGUGUCUAGCAAUCUGGCAAAGCUUAAAGACAUCUAUGGUGACUUGAGUAGCAGCCAGAAGGAGAAUGGGAACUAUGAUAGUGAGGCUCCAAGGGGUGGCGGCACCGGGGCCGAGGAGGUUAUCCGGCUUGGCGGUUCUUCUUGGAGAUAGAAAACAGAAGUGCUCAAUGAUGUGUGGUUUUAUGGUGACCAGCAUCUGCUUUAUAUUGUCAUUCUGCAAUGGCUGCAGCCUUGUGAUGUAUUAUAUUAUAGACCAAGCUACCAUUUCCAUUGUUAUUUCUGUUGGAUGGGGAUAUUUGUUUGUUUAACUUUCAAAGGCUCAUUUGAUUCACACUACUGUAUGAGAUGAGAUUGUAUUUGCACUACAUACUAUGAAUUGCCAACAGUUGUGAUAGCUUGACUAAAGCUGCAAUGACCCC